GUAUGGAGCUGAUCUCUUCCAUCCACGCUCGAGCGGUGCCACCGUCAGGCUGCUGCCUGCUGAAGAUCUCCAUCAAGCAGUGAUGUGCUGCGGGAUCUGCGCCCGGUGCGUUCACGGACCGGGGGGUACAAUGGCUUAAGGAUUUUGGGGGAGACUCUGCCGUCGGCUGACAACAGGUCACAUGGAUAAUCCCCGUUCAAACCAAAGCCACCGUAUCAUCCGGUGUUUUUGGGUGAUCAGAGCGCCGCUGUGGACCUGAUGCGGGCAGCUCGUCCUGGCUGCAGACGGAGGAGCAGGUGUUUGAGUGACUGAGGGGCUUCAGCAGGAUGGAAAUAGAUGCCUGUUUUCGCUACUACUUCCAGCACCCAUGGUCGCGUCUCAUCGUGGCCUACCUCGUCACCUUCUUUAAUUUCCUCAUCUUCGCAGAGGACCCCAUCUCCCACAGCCAGACAGAAGCUCACAUGAUGGUGGUGGGCAACUGCUUCUCCUUCCUGUUUAACAAGUACCCGGGCCUGGGGUGGAACAUCCUGAAAGUAAUGUGCUGGAUCCUGGCCAUUAUCACCGGCCUGUUAGCCGGGAAGUUUAUAUUCCACCGCCAGCUCUUUGGUCGAUACCUGCGCCUGAAAAUGUUCCGUGAGGAUCAUGGCUCCUGGAUGACCAUGUUCUUCAGCACCAUCCUCUUCCUCUUCAUCUUCUCACACAUCUACAAUCUCUUCCUGCUGAUUGCUGGAGGGAUGGAGCCCCACAUGGUGACAGACUACAUGGGCAUCAGGAAUGAGAGCUUUAUGAAGAUUGCUGCAGUGGGGACAUGGAUGGGAGAUUUUGUGACAGCUUGGAUGGUAACAGAUAUGAUGCUUCAGGAUCAACACUACCCGGAUUGGGGCAAAGCUGCAAGAAAGUUCUGGAAAAGAGGCAAUAAUCGGAUCGUCCUUUUCUGGACAGUGCUUAUCUCUCUGACCUCUGUGGUGGUCGUAGUCAUCAGCACCGACUGGAUCAGCUGGGACAACCUGAACCGCGGCUUCCUGCCCAGCGACGAGGUCUCCAGAGCUUUCCUAGCUUCCUUCAUUUUGGUCUUCGACCUUCUCAUUGUCAUGCAGGACUGGGAGUUUCCUCACUUCAUGGGUGACCUGGAUAUGAAUUUGCCCGGAAUGUCAACAACACAUGUGAAGGUCAAGCUUCCUGUCUGCAAGAGUAUAUUUAAGGAGGAGUACCACAUUCACAUCACAGGUAAGUGGUUCAACUAUGGCAUUAUAUUUCUUGUGCUCAUACUGGACUUAAACAUGUGGAAGAACCAGAUUUUCUACAAGCCCUACGAGUACGGGCAGUAUGUUGGGCCAGGAGAGAAGAUCUAUACAGUGGAGGAGCCAGAAACACUGGCAGACUUCAACUAUAGCACUCUCACUUAUGUGUGGCGCUCCACGAAUAUCAACCCCAUGACCAACAAGACGUAUGUGGAGCGGGACAUGUUUCUGCACAGCCGUUACACUGGGGCCAGUUUGGACGUUAAGUGCCUGGCAUUCAUCCCAAGCCUUGCAGCGUUCGUUCUCUUUGGCUUCUUCAUCUGGCUGUUAGGGCGCUUUCAGGACAGCGAGACAUUCCCAGAAAACCAAGACAGCACGUAUGAGAGGAUAAAGAGGAAGUCGCCUUCGGAGUAUAGUAAGGAAAUGGGAGUGACCCCGGAGGACACACACCUGACUAUGAGCAACAGUCUGAAACGAUGGGGAACACCGAUGCUCCUGUCGGUAGAGGGGCCUCAGUUUGGAGCGACACCGUCUACGAACUCGACUAUUUCAAUGGACACCCAGGAGACGCAUCCAAGCAUUGUGAUCGACAGCUCAUCCCAGGAUGAGCCUGUUGUCUUGUUUGAUGUCCACAGACUCUCACCGUAA